CGGGAGCACUUGCAAUAUGGCUGCCACGGUCAAGUCCUCCGUCAAGGUCUUCGGCGGGCUCCUGCAGCGGCUGACCCAUCGCUCGAGCGCCUGCGCGUGCGACAUGACUUUCGCGGUCUACAUGCCGCCGCAGGCCGCCGCGGCGCCUGUGCCGGUGGUGUACUGGCUCUCCGGCCUGACGUGCACCGACGAGAACUUCCACCAGAAGAGCGGUUUCGCGCGCGCCGCAUCGCAGCUCGGCCUGUGUGUCGUCAUGCCCGACACCUCACCUCGCGGCGUGCAGAUUGACGGCGCGGACGACUCGUACGACUUUGGCUCGGGCGCCGGCUUCUACGUGGACGCCACGCAGCCCAAGUGGCGCGACCACUACCAGAUGUACUCCUACGUCAAGGCCGAGCUGCCGGAAGUGGUGGCGGCCGCGUACCCCGGCAAGCUGUCGCCGGCGGCAUCCAUCUGCGGUCACUCCAUGGGCGGGCACGGCGCACUCACCCUCUUUCUCAAGAACCCGGGCAUGUACCGCUCAGUUUCCGCCUUUGCGCCCAUCUGCAACCCAACCGCGGUGCCGUGGGGGGACAAGGCCUUCAAGGGCUACCUGGGGUCGGUGGAGGCGGGCGCGGCGCACGAUGCGACCGAGCUGAUGAGGCAGUACUCGGGGCCCCCAUUCAAGAUACUGAUUGACCAGGGCGCCGCCGACAACUUUCUCUCCGGGGAGGUCAACCAGCUGCGCCCCGACACAUUUGCCGCCGUGUGCAACGAGCGCGGCGUCGAACUCGAGCUGCGCAUGCAGGAGGGCUACGAUCACUCGUACUACUUCAUCUCCAGCUUCAUCGCCGACCACCUCGCGUUCCACGCCGCCGCUCUAAAGUAGGCCUCACUCCGGGCCAGGGCGCGCGCAAGAGAGCGGGGAGAGUGACGUGCCUGCCCGUUCACUCGAGACUCGUGUGUUCACAACGGAGUUCAGUUCACCGCUCUGCUUGAGGUAGGCAUGUACAGUGGGGCCCAGUGUCUCAGUUAUCAGCGACUGGCAGUAUCCGUUCCCACGCAUGCCAAGUAGCAUCACCAAGCCUCCAUUUUGUUCUUUUUUCGGCCAC